GUAUUAUUUAGACUACCAAUCGAUCAUCUGUACACAAACGCCGUAGUUACCUUCCUGGUAUGUGGUAUGUACCGCACCCUCCUUAAUUAGCUGUGCAAUUUGGAAUUUUGACGAGGAGGGGUUUAUCACAAUACAAGACUGAUUGUCAGAAGCUCUGGGGAAGCUUUAGGAUCCUUUGCAACAGUGGGACUUGGAGAGGAGUGUGACUUGUGCAAGAUGUGGACUAUAAAGCUGCUGCGUUUCAACCAGGUUCCCUCUGACUUCCAUGAACCCUUCAUCAUAUCUGGGUACCGCUCGUGCCGCAGCAGCAUCUCAUCUUGCCUCGUCAGCGCCAUCCAGGGUUCCAAUGAAACCAUCAACUUCUGGACACACUUCAUCCCUGCGAUGUGGUUUGGCUGGACCACACUGCAACAGGUCGCCGAUGGGGCCUUCAUCCAGGAUCCUUUUUCGUGGCCUCUGAUCUGCUUCCUCCUGUCUUGCGUCAUGUACCUGUUUGCCAGUGCGAUGGCACACUUGUUCAAUUGCAUCUCCUUGCCUGCCCGCUAUGUCACAUUCUUUUUUGACUAUGGGGCUAUAAGCAUCUACAGUUUUGGAAGCAGUAUAGCCUACUGUGCCUACACCUUUCCCCCAGAGCUUCUGCAUACGCCCCUUCACCAAGUCUUCCUUGUGAUGGCGAUGUUUACAGCGAUGCUGAGCACGUUCCUAGCCUGUUACAGCCGCUUCUCAUCCAACCACUUCUUAUGUCACUCAGGGCGCCUACCAGCAAUUAUGAUCCCGUAUUUUUGGUGCAGUUUGCCUCUGUUAUACCGUGUAAUCUUCUGUGUCGAACCCGACCCCAACUCCGACGCCGCGCUCUUUCACGUUCGGCAAUUCUUCUGCACCGCGGUGACAGUUUUCUUCUACGCAAGUCGCUUCCCCGAGGUUCUCGCCCCCGGCAUCUUCGAUUUCAUCGGGCACAGCCAUCAGCUGUUCCACAUCGGUGGUGCGUUCUCGACCUACUGGCAGUACCACGCCCUCCUGCUCGACAAGGCCGAGCGCCGGCAGUUUCUCGUUGAGGCGGUUGGGUUACCGACGGUGGCGGGUACCGCAGGAGCCUUCGUGGUGGUUUUAACGGUGAACCUGCUGAUCAUCUGGGGGUUCUCUCAUUGGGUGUCGCAACCCAAGUCACUGGAGAUGGUAAGACAGCGGCUAGAAGAAGACAAGAGAGAGAAAAAGGGAUGUGGUUGCAAGUGUGAUUGACAGGGUAAUUUUCAAACUCGGCUGAUCAUUUUUUUAUUCUGAAAUAUCUUGUGUUUGCCGUACCUUUGGAAAAAGGCUGAAAUUUGUGUUGGAUUCUUGUUUUUUGUAUACUACGGUAACUCUCUCAGGUUCAGCCCAUUUGAAUCGUUCAUUUUUUUUCAACAGGGUAGGUCCAUUAUUGAUUAAGACACUGGUGGAAGCAUAUUUACACUUGGCAAAGAUGAGCUGUGAUUUCGCAUCACCUAUAAUAAUAAUAAUACAAACAAUUUAUGUUGCGCUUGUGACAUAAAAGUUUCAAAGCGCUGUACACAAAUCAAGAUUACUUCAAGAAAAAUCUAUAUUACUAUUAAUGGAAUUAAAAUUACCUAAAUUACCAAGAAAAUAAAAUAAUACUAACAUAACUAAACAAAUUAACAUUACUGAAAUCAACAAGAAAAUCAAACAUUGCUAACAUCACUAAAUAAAUCAACAUAACAUGUAAAUUCCUGGGAAAGUUAACAAACAUGUAUCAUAUUGAUAAUAGCAACCAUUUUAGCAACAAUUUAACAAAAGACAUAAUGUAGGCAUUGUAAUACAAACUUACAAAUAUUUUAUAGUUAUUAGGGUUGUAUUUUGAAUAGAUGAGUUUUUAGACUCUAUUUGAAAAUGUCAGUGGUGGGCGAGUCCUGAGUACGGGCGCAGAGAGCGUUCCAAAGUAUGAGGGCACAGACUGAGAAGCUGAAGGCCCUGUCACAUAUGACUCUGUAUGUAUGGUAAAUGUGAUAUUGUGUGACUUUCUUUGAAAGGAACUGAUCACUUAGUCACUCCACCUCCAAAAAAUUGACUCCAUACUGAACAACCAUUUGCCAUUGAAGAUAGUUAAAUCUUUUUCUUCAGUCUGUUGUUGUCUGUUACCUACCACUCAAUAUGAAUGGUAAUUCAGUCUUCCUAGGCUCCAUCUUACAAAAAGGUACGAUUGAUCCAAAUCAAUCCCAAGUCCUCCAAUCAAUCGCAAGUUUGCAGUCUCCUAUCUCUUAUGUACAUGCGGUAAUUGCGAUUGAUAUCAACUCUUCCUGGUCUACCUAUUUCACCUUGGCUUUCAAAGUUCAAUUUUGUAUUUAUAUUUACAACUUGCAAUGCAUUCAAGCAUAUUAUUGUGACUACAUUUGUAUGCUGUACACACGAUUAUUUGAAAUAAUGUGACAUUCAGUGACUAUAUAUAUAUAUAUAUAUAUAUAAAAAGUUGAGUAUUCAUCGAUGCCUUUCGACUCUGUCAUGAAAUAACGAUUCUGGCUUUCAAGUUUUUCAAAAUCUUUCACUCAUUUUGCUGCACCAACUAUGCAUUUAUCUAAUAGGUUAUUACUAUUGUAUGUCAUUGAUAUAUUUCUUUUUGGAAAAACAUAUUUUGGGAUACAUUUUAUUAAUAGUCUCAUAUACUGCCAUCAUGUCUACUGGUAACCAAGUAUAAACAACAACAAAAAAAUCCAAAGAGGAGAAGUAGAUUGAAGUUGAGUAUUUUACACAAACAGGAUUUUUAUUUAUGAUAUUUAACCAAUGUGUAUAUUGAAUACUGGCUGGUAGAAAAAUAUUCACUCUAAUAUUAAAGUUUGAGGCUGAAGUUUAUAUGCUAUGAAAUGUAUUUAAAAA